UGCCUGUUCACACCAUCAUGAUGGCUCUGGAGAACAGCCAGGCCAAACCAUCGCGCAACACACCUCGCCGAGCAUCAGUCCCGGCCAAAUGCUGAGGCACUGUAGCCGCAUUGCUUUUGCUGAAAACCCAGCUGAAUUCUUAACGUAAUCACUCCUGACACGGUCCCCGAACAGGUUUGCCACGUGGGCACGGGAACACCGGGAGGCAGCAGGACGAGGCGGGGACGCGUGGGAACAGCCACGGGGCCGGGGGAAGCUGGCGGAGCCGGGUGCGGCGAGCGUUCCGCCGCUGCUCCAGCGCUCCUCACGGCGCGGCUGAACGCGCCCAGCCCGGGGACGGCGGCGUUACGGAACCCACGGAGCCACUGCUGCCACCGGGGCCGAGCGAGCGUCUGCCCGCCUCCACAGCGGCACGGAGACCGCGGACACCCUCAUCUUCCGUCCUCCAUUGCGAAGAGCUCCAGGCUGCAUGUGCUAAAACAACACAAACCUCUAGGACACUCAUGAGGGUGCCCGGACUGAGCGGAUGAGGGAAAUUGGAUGGCAAGAGUGAGAAGUGGCUGUUCAGAAGAGGUCGUGGCUGAGGAUUAAUAACAUGUCUAAAGAAAUGCAGGAACUACAGAAGCAAUGGCACUCCGUGAUGCAGAUCAUCCACAGCAACGAAAAUGUUGUUGCCUUUAUGAAUUCUCGCAUUGGCCAAUAUUUAGAUGACCAUCCUUUUGUUGCCUUAUCACUCCUGAUGUUUAUUGCAGUGUCAGCUAUUCCUGUUGGAUUUUUCCUGGUCUUUGUUGUUACAACAGCUGUAAUGGCCUGUAUUGGUGUGAUAGUCAUGGAAGGUGUUGUCAUAGCCAUAGGUGGCAUAGCCCUACUGUGUGUGCUGUGUGGUCUGGGAGCCCUGUCCCUGGGAGUUUCUGGAGUGCUGAGCGUUUCUUACGUUGCACUUUCAACUCUGGUCAACUACUGGUGUGCAUCAAGGGGUCAGAUGAGGAAGCAAGAUGUUAAUGGAAGUUUACCACAGAAGCAGCCUGGCUUGGAUCUUUCUGCCAAUACUGGAAAGAGUGAAUAAGUAGGUUUCUCCAGACUUCAUAAGCACUUAGCUGUACAAUCCCAGCAUUUGCUAUGUAAUUGUUCACUCAUCAAGCAUUCAGUCAUUGUGUACUCCUGGAAACUGAGGAAAAUCAAUAUACAUAUUACACUGGCACUGUAAAAGGGAUUUUAAGAAUAACCAAGAAGCAGCAGUGCAGUACUAAGAGUAUGUGCAUGAUGGAGUGUUCCACAGAAUUUGGUAAAAGGCUGUAGUAAUAGUGGGUACUGUUAAGUCAAUGGCAAGUAGGUUGACAGAAAUGGGAGGGAGAUAUUUGACUUCCCAGAUACUGGAGUUCUGAACGUACUGUCUUUAGUACACAGCAGUGGUCAUUUUGAUACAGCAGUAUCACAGUUCAGAACAGUAAAAGCACAUUUUGAAUGUGGAAAAAAUAUUUGUAAGCCUUAACAUCCUUUGUUCAAAUAGUAUGAGUACACCAGGCCAAUGCUUUAUGGUCAUUAUAAAGGAAAAAGUAGGCUGCGCAUAUGUCAUGGUCUAAGCUUUUUUCCUCCCUUUAGAUGUUGUGUUAUUCCCAAGGGAGUUUCUUGCUUCAUCAUAUCAGGGGUAGGCUUAUGUCUUGUUUAUGUCAUAUUUAAAGUGCCUGGUUUGCUUCUCAGUUGUAAUUUUGUGUAUGUUAUUUAAACUUUUUUCAUUUUUGCAAAUGUUAUUUUUUAGCAUUAAGUAUCUAUGAGUUUAAUAAAGUGCUGUUUGUUUAACCAGA